AUGUCUGAAGACAAGAAACGAGGAGGUGGUGAUGAUGGGGAAGAUGGAGGCCCAGGUUUACUCUACAUGCCAUUUGUUAUCAUGGAAGAACUCUUGGACAAACUACGUCUGCUAGACUAUGACAGGGAUUUUGCACGCAAGAUGAAUCUGAAGCCUAUUAAUAGGCAUUACUUCGCUGUCCAGACCAACCCGGGAGAACAGUUUUACAUGUUCACAUCCCUGGCUGCAUGGCUUCUCCGCAAAUCUGGCAGACAUUUUGAACAACCACAAGAGUAUGAUGACCCAAAUGCCACAAUUUCCAGUAUACUGGAGGAAGUGAGAAAAUAUGGUCACCCAGUCGAUUUCCCUCCGUCAAAGUUGAAACAAGGUUGGGGUGAGCACUGUAUUUAUGUUCUUGACAGACUGGCAGAUGAGGCGUUUAAGAGCACAAACUUCUCCUGGCGCAGGCCACAAUAUCCAGAAGAAGAAAUGGAGGAGGAGAAUAUUGUUGAAGAUGACUCAGAACUGACACUCAAUGAAAUAGAGAAGACAGCAGCAAUAGGGACUUCAGAUUUUGAAGAUGCUGAUGAAGAUGAACCAAUACUUGAUCUAGAAGGACUGAAGAAGUUUAACCAGAAUAAGCAAACGUUUGAGUCUCACAAACCAGAGGAAAUUCUGGAGUCAACUACAGAUGCUGCUGGCUGGAAGCUGGAGGUUGAGAGAGUGAUGCCACAACUCAGGGUCACCAUCAGAACAGACAACAAGGACUGGCGAGUGCACCUGGAGCAGAUGCACCAACACAAUGAUGGCAUUGAGACCUCUCUGAACGAAAGCAAAAUUCACCUGGACAAACUGCAGGAUGAGAUCUCACAUACCUUGGAGAAGAUCUCCAGCCGAGAGAAGUACAUUAACUCUCAGCUGGAGCAUCUUCUGGUCAACUUCCGACAUGCCCAAGAUGCACUGGCAGAAACCAAGGAGAAAUACAGACAGGCCAGUGGUGGGGUGACCUCAGAAGUCAAGAACACUAGCACAGAUCACAGAAGAAUUGGAGAAAGCUAA